AUGAUUACUGUGAGCAACUCCCUUAAGGUGCUCUGGCGUAAUGCGAACACGAGACCAGUCCUCAAGCUCGACAUGGAAAUAGCACUUAUCUGGAUGAGGCCCAUAACAGGAGUCACAGCACUGUACGCUUUGAAUCGAUACAUGGGCUUUGCAUAUGCAAUACAUGAUAAAUUUAAUGAUACUCUCCAGUCUUCACUUCCACGUCUCCUUUCGCACCCUAGCUUUAUUCUAAUGCUCCGCAUAUUCGCCCUAUACAACAACUCUAAGAAGAUUCUUGCCUUUCUCAUCACCUUGCUAUUGGCAGAACAGGCCGUCAUCAUAACGAUUAUGAUCUGGCUGUAUAGGCGAUGGGGUGAAUACACAUAUGAAGUGUUCAUUAUCUCAGGGAUAAGGACUUGCACUGUUUCGUUUUCAGCAGAUGCCGAAUGGACAAUACCGACGGGCAAUGCAGUCAUGAUUGCCUUUGAAUCAAUCCUGUUUGCUCUGGUGAUGUUCCGCUUUUUCUGUCAAGUUCGCUCAGCGCGUCAAGGCUGGCAGACAUUGUGGGACUGGAAAUCCGUGUUUGCAAAUAUUAUCAGAGGGAAUUUGAUAUACUACCUCGUUGUAUUGGUUGCAGCGAGUCUUGAUGCACUGGGGCUCUACAUGGAUAAUAUCGACCCUGCGAGUGCAAGCAUGAAAGCUUAUACCGUUAUCGACUUGAUUAUUGGCUACUAUGUGUACACUAUGCUUGGACCGCACCUUAUCCUCAGCCUGAGGCUGAAUCAUGCACAGCAACUCGACUCCUUCAAUUCCCAAGCUGCCGGGAGUCUCUCUGAAGUCCAGUUUCGUGGCAGAUCCGGCGGAGAGAGCGUAGCUUGA